AUGAUCACGGAGAGAGACCAGUUACAGCCCAGUUACACCAACCUAAUUAAAGAGAGAGACCAGUUACAGACCAGUUACAACAGCAUAAUCACAGAGAGAGACCAGUUACAGACCAAUUACAACAGCAUAAUCACAGAGAGAGACCAAUUACAGACCAGUUACAACAGCAUAAUCACAGAGAGAGACCAGUUACAGACCAGUUACAACAGCAUAAUCACAGAGAGAGACCAGUUACAGACCAGUUACAACAGCAUAGUCACAGAGAGAGACCAGUUACAGACCAGUUACACCAACCUAAUUAAAGAGAGAGACCAGUUACGGACCAAAUACACCAACCUAACUACAGAAAAACAACUACAGUUUAAAAUUCAACAAACAGCAAAGGAAGAAUUACAGAGCAGAUACAACACCAUGAGAAACCAGAUGGACCUUUUGCAGAGAGAGAGAAACGGACUUCAACAGAAGCUGAAUGACAUAUAUACAAACAAUGCGAGGGGAUGGUUGUACUUCAGGUCUAGUUUUUAUUACAUCUCUGCUGAGAAGAAGAACUGGGAUGAUAGCAGACAGUACUGCAGAGAGAGAGGAGCAGACCUGGUGAUCAUAAACAGCAGAGAAGAACAGGAAUUCCUUGCUAAUGUUGUAGGCAGUAUUAAAGGCAUUAUAGCUUGGAUUGGUCUGACUGACAGACACACAGAGGGCCGGUGGAAAUGGGUGGACGGCUCAGCACUGAUCACAGGGUACUGGGGUGAUGGAGAACCAAAUGAUACGGGUGAGGAAGACUGUGUAGAGUUUUAUCCAGUUAAUAAGAAGUGGAAUGACAGGCAAUGCUCUGCUACUGAUCAAUGGAUCUGUGAGAAAUCUGCAGCGUGAUCGUGUAAUACAUGCUUAUCUUCACAUCUUGGCCAGCGAUAAAGUCAUCUAAAAAUCCUCUUUGCCAUUUCGCUAUACCACACAAUGAUUAGCUUUAUUUUUCACAAGUUAUUAGAACAAAAUUGAAUUAUGCUUUUUUUCAAUACACUGUACCUUGUUUAAGUCAUGGCAUGUUUGUGAUUAGAGCUGCCUUAGAUAUGUUUAUGUAGUGAUGUAACGUGUUGGCUUUCUGUUGACAAAUAAUCUAAAUAAUAAACUAUGAUCUGUGACAAA